CCCAGACCAAGAUGAUACAAUUACUUAGUGAUCCAGGUCAUUGGGAUGCUUAAGGAUGCUCUGGCGGCUUAGAACUGGUCUGCCAAAGGUAUACUAGUGGGUGGGUGAAAAUCGCGCGUUAAUUUUGGCUGCAAUUUUAUAUCGAAAUAACCUUUAUGUCGUCAUAGAUUCUACUUCGUACGUAGUAUGUUUACGGAAAUGACCCAUUAAUUUGACCGUAGAAGGUGCUAGUAGUGUACCGUACGGAACGGUUUCGCAGCGUAGAAAACGGUAGGUGGUAUCUUGUCCGAUCGCCUCUCUCCGAUGGUUGUAGUCCUUCCGAUUGCUGCAACAGGCGUCGGAAAAUACGGAGUGGAUCGAUCAUUGCUGUCAAGACACCGAGCGCCCACCGUAGGAAACAUAUGCAACAAGGUGAUUUAUGACAUACAAUGCGAAAGCAACUUCAAACGAACCGCAACAAGAGAAGGAGGAUUUCGCUGUUCUGCCUCGGAACCGCUGUUUGGGUGACCGCCUUAGUAUCGUUGACGUUCCUUCAGGUGUUCAUCCUCCGUCACAAUGAGAAGCUGGGUCGGGAGCGCCAAGACGGCAAUGCGUCUCUAUCGAGCGAAAGUUUCUACCAGAUAACAGAACAACGAAUACAGAACGAGAAUCAGAAGAUAACUCAGGGGCAGCAUGAGAACAAGAUCAACAAGACGGGAAAGAAACCACAACAACUUCAGAAGAAGCAAAGUAUCAUCGAUGGAGGGGAACAGGACAAGUUAUUUUCGAUGGAGAAAAAAACGAAAAUGUCAAAGAUGAGGAAGGGCCAAUUAUCUUGGUCAGGGGGGCACGGCACGCCCGAGAGCUGUAGUGACACCAAAAUGAGGAAGAUUCAAUACCAGUUGGAACAAAAUGCCAGGUUUAGAAAAAAAAAUAUGGCCAAAUACGUGAUGGACUUCCGAAAACGCCAAUCCACCUAUAUCGCCCAAAGCACGACGAGCGCCGCAGGUGAAUGGGAAGAAACGAUGGGUGUGCAUGCAAGAGGCAUGCAGCUGUUUGUCGAUCUAGACUCUGACCAAAAAAGUUUCGUUGCAAACAGCAGUGACAACGAAAGCGCUUCCGAAAACGACGGUCCAUGGUUCGUCUUACACAUCGGCCCACCCAAAACUGCAACCACGACGGUCCAGUGCGGCCUGGAAAAGCAUUCCCUUCGACUUGCCAAGACCGACGGAUAUCAUUUCCUUGGCGGGGGCUGUGGCAUGCAGACAAAAGAAUACUUCAUGCCAAACGGAGAACAAGUCACUCUGCGGCUACAGAUUCUUGUCGCACUACAUUCUGCGGAGUCACGCAGUGACUACGAAGCGAAAAGGUGCCACGAACCUGUGAGUAGAUAUGUCGAGGCAAUCGAAGCCGAGAAGCAUCGUCAAAGGUUCAUAGAUCGGGCCAGCUUCUUGCGGUCCAAGAAUCGCUCGGUUAUUUUGUCGAGUGAACAAUUCGGCUCGCAACUCUCCGUUCAGAGAGAGAUCAUGGAGCAAACCCGAUCCAUGAUUCUUUCGACUGAGGAUGGUCAUGGCGCCGGUUUUCCACCCGAUAAGGUCCGGAUCGUGCUUGCCUACCGGCAUUUUGUCGACUGGCUCCCGAGUUUUUACUACCAAAAAUUUUUCAGGCUGAACUCGGUCAUGGAUAGGGAGUGGCACGAUAAUUUUCGCGUCAGACCCUUGCUUGAGUACAUCGACGAAUACCUGACCAAGUGGGAAGCCCACCAACGGAAGGUUGACAAAUAUGUUGCCCGGAAAAACGCCACGUUGAUACACGAGGGACAUUCCCCGCUGUCACUGCUUCCCACGAAUCGUCAGUCGAUUCAUCCAUCGUGGUGGCUCUACACAGUUUGGUCUGCGUAUUUUCCGUUGCCAAACCAGGUGCAGGUCUACGACAUGCACUCUCCUAUGAACAUGAACCGCCCGGAGGACGAUAUGGUGACGGAUUUUAUCUGCCAUAUGUUGCCGAGCGCGAAUGACACGUGCCAAAAUAUGAUGGAUGAAGCCGAUGGCAAGUACGACAAGAGCGACUAUGACAACUUGGAUCUGCACUCUUUCCACUCCCUACUCCAUCCAAAUCGUACCACGGACUUUUUAAACAACAUCGGAAGAGGCAAUAAGCCCGGUGCAAAGAGAAACCUCAAAGCCGACAGCAAUGGCGAUAAUUCAAAUAGCGAUGAAAAGAACAAUGGCAAGCAGACAAUGGUGGUCCGACCCUCUUCUGAUCACCAUGCAAAACGAAUCGUGGAAGAAUUGUUGGGUCGGGGUGACAUCAAACCUUUUCCAUAUGAGGAGUAUGGUACAAAAUAUUUCGAAAAACUGAAUGAAGGGGGAAUCAUGCAGGAUCCAUCUGACGCCGUGACCGUCAACGGGUACACAAUGCCAAAUCUCCUCGAGCGUGCGAAUGAGAUUCUGGAAAACCACGGUGUGUAUUCCCAAACCCCAAAAGUAAAUAGUACGUUCGAAGAACGUUUCUCGGAAAAAUAUUUCGAUUGCAUCACCCCCGACCUGGAAGAGCGACUUUUGAACGCGUCGAGAACAUUCAUGGAUCUCAUGUAUAAACACACGCCGAUGUUGUCCCAAGCAACAGCUGCCACAUAUAGCGCUUCAAACAGACUCCAUCAUAGCGGCAGCAACGAGGAUAGGAACCAGAAACUGGCAGAAGAAAGAGAGAAACGAUGGAUACAGGCAAAAGCAGAGCACGAAAGAUUGUUUGCUCAGAAUAAGCAGAAGGGGAAAUAUUGCGAGAUUAAUCCCGAUAAGGUGAGGACGAAACGACGAAGUCAAUUCGACCAUUCCUUUUCAUCGUUGAAAAACUUGACAUUUAUUUACUUUCUCCCCUUCGUUUUGGUCAUAACAUAUUCUCAACUUUGUAUUUUCAAAAUCGAUCGCAGGUUUUUCAUAACCGUCCAGAAGUACGUGAUGAAUUGAAAUCACUACGGUACAAACCAGCGUAUAAUAAUUUUUUUCUUUGGAAAAAUUUGCCAGAAAGACAGAGACGCGCAGCACUUUCUCUGGGAUUUGGACAGAACACAUGGGAAAGAAAACUGAAAAUAAAGACCUUUAGUGUGAGAUGGGACGCGCUCUCGUCAGACAAGCAAGCUGCCGCAUUUCAGCUGGGUUACAAUAAAGUGAUGUGGGACGGGAUAGUCUUGAAAUAGACUUUUCCGCGCGUGUGUUGAAUAGCAGGGUAAUCAAAAAUUGCCUUUAGAUUUUUAUCUUCAUAWAUCGUGUCUGUUUCAACUUCUCUUCGCUAUCGUAUGUUAAACGGCAGUGAACAUAAGAUCAGAACUUGCACAAUUACGACACAAACUUUCAAAUCCCUGUGUCUUUUGACAGCUUGGUACAUUGUCACUUGACCCUUCGUCACCCGAUAGGUUCCAGGAACAUUUCCUAAUGAGAUUAGAGUGAAAGAGGAAAAGGGAAAAAAUCUUCCUGCAAGCUAUAUGAAACCCAUCUGUACUUUCAGACCGAAUGAGGCCACAAAAAGAACAAUUACCCCUUGCGACCCCCUUUUGAGGGAGGAUCGGUGUUGAAUGAAAAGCAAAGACAACCAUGAGACCUUGAGUGUGCCGUAUGAAAUAUAUUGCCCCUUGCAUCAAGAGGGUAGUAAGGACGUCCGAAUUUGUCCAGGAAUCUGCAUACGUGUAACUCGAAGAGCUACGUGAAGCGAGAGGUACCCAUCAGAGAAAAAUCGAAACCCUCCUCCUGCUACUGGUUCUGGUAAUUCUUUUCUGUCGCUAAUAAAGUUUGCAAAUCAUGCAUCACAAUCAUUUGAAAUUGGCAGGCAGUUCCUGUCGACCCUGCUCUCAAUACAAAGAUAUUGGAAUGCCAUCAUUUCGAUCCGUCUCCAUUGUUGGCAUUGGGUCUUUCAAUGGGAUUCGCAAUGACUGUAUUCUUGUUUCCGUUCUUCGGACAGUCGCAUAGGCUUUUUUUUCUGAAAAGAAACGAAAGAAUCCUGACAAUGACGAAUUUCCUCGUCUCCACAAGCAGUUAGUUUCGUCAUUAAGAAACAUUGUUCGGAUCCCUUCAAAAUAGUGUUCUUCAGCGCAAGACUACCACCACUGCCAUCGCGAUUUUUCGCCUGUGUAGAGAUAGGGGUGUGCAUACUAUGCCCAUCCAUGGGGAAGACUGAUAAUAAAGAAUGCAUGAUGCAUAUGCUCAAGGGUAAAUGGAUUUAUUUUGAUUCAGAAAGAUAACUAAAGCAAUAUGAUGCCUCGAUCUCCAUAUCAAACGUGUUAGCAACCAUGUACAACCCACCGGUCACGAGCUAUAAGCAAUAUCACAACCUUCUGAUCGACAUUAGUGUCACAAAGAAAUUAUGCUUCAAAUUCUGGACUCAAAGCGGAAAUAGAGCAGCGACAGGUAC